GAGAGCACAAGGUAAAGCAAGGUUGAGCGAGCAGCAGCCACACAGACGAGAGAGAGAGAGAGAGGGGAGCGGAGUUAAUGGAGAGGCUACAACUGCACACAAACAGAGAUUUGAUCAGUGACUUUAACUCGCUGGUGCUGGUCAGUGUGCAGUGAAGCCGCCCGCUGCAAACGAGCCCUGCGCCCGCACAGAAACCCUGCAUACUUGUUGAGCCGGGCUGAAAGACAUUGUGUUUUUUUUUGUUUGUUUUUUUCCGUAAGAGGAAGAAGUUCGUGGGACUGGAUUCCAUUUUGGACGUAUUUAUAUGACAAAUAUUUUUUUGUUGCAUUUGCAAUGUGGGGUGAUCGGAAGCAAGCGCGGAACCUGUGGAUUUAACCCCCCAAGAAAGGAAACACGGAUUUGGGACUGAUUCUUUCUUAUCUUGACUUGUACCAGUUUGCUUCGCCGCGCAUGAACAUUUACUAAAGAGAAAAAAAGAAGAAAAAUAAAAAAGCAAAGCGAUGGAAGUAAGUGCGGACCAGCCACGAUGGAUGAGCCAUCAUCCCGCGGUGUUGAACGAGCAGCAUCCCGGCUCACAUCACCCGGGCCUCGGCCACUCAUACAUGGACCCUUCGCAGUAUCAGCUCGCUGACGAUGUGGAUGUACUGUUUAAUAUCGACGCACAGGGGAACCACGUCUCUCCGUACUAUGGAAACUCUGUCCGAGCCGUCCAGAGGUACCCUCCUCCUCCACACAGUAGCCAGGUGUGCCGUCCCUCGUUACUGCACGGCUCUCUGCCCUGGCUGGAGGGGAGCAAAGGCAUCGCCCCGCACCACAGCACUUCUCCCUGGAACCUGAGCCCCUUCCCCAAGAACCCCCUGCACCACGGCUCCCCGACCAGCCUGUCCGUCUACCCCCCGGCCUCCUCCUCCUCCCUGUCCACCGGUCACUCCAGUCCGCACCUCUUCACGUUUCCCCCGACCCCGCCGAAAGACGUGUCCCCGGACCCCGGCAUAUCCACCCCGGGGACCAGCUCCGGGCGGCAGGAGGAUAAAGAGUGCAUAAAGUACCAGGUGACCCUGGCCGAGAGUAUGAAACUGGAGUCUGCUCACAGCCGGAGCGUGGCAUCAAUCGGAGCAGGGUCAUCCUCUGCCCACCACCACCACCACCACCCCAUCGCCACAUACCCAUCCUAUGUCCCCGAAUACGGCCCAGGCCUCUUCCCACCAAGUAGCCUGAUAGGUGGGUCAUCUUCUAGUUAUGGUUCCAAAACAAGACCAAAAGCAAGGUCCUGUUCAGAAGGUAGAGAGUGUGUGAACUGCGGGGCCACGUCAACUCCGCUGUGGAGGCGGGACGGUACGGGUCACUAUCUGUGUAACGCCUGCGGACUCUAUCACAAGAUGAACGGGCAGAACCGCCCUCUCAUCAAACCCAAGCGGCGGCUGUCCGCGGCCAGACGGGCGGGGACGUCGUGUGCAAACUGCCAGACGACAACGACGACGCUGUGGCGGAGAAACGCCAACGGGGACCCGGUGUGUAACGCCUGCGGCCUGUACUACAAACUGCACAAUAUCAACCGACCUCUGACCAUGAAGAAGGAAGGCAUCCAGACCAGGAACAGGAAGAUGUCCAGCAAGUCUAAGAAGAGCAAAAAGUCCCAAGACAGCAUGGACGACUACUCCAAGAGCCUGAUGGACAAGAGCAGCUCCUUCAGCCCGGCCGCCCUGUCCCGCCACAUGUCCUCAUUCCCACCCUUCUCGCACUCCGGCCACAUGCUGAGCACCCCCACACCCAUGCACCCCUCCUCCGGCCUCUCAUUCGCCCCCCACCACCCUUCCAGUAUGGUCACAGCCAUGGGUUAGGUCUCCCCCGCGCAGCGCCCUCGGCCUCGCCCACCACCACCACAUCCCUCGGUACCUCUGCUUCCAUAUCCUAAAAGACAAAUGAACCGCUCCUCGGCCCGACCCCAGCCCCCCUCCCCCGUUUUGUCCCACCAUCACCAAGCUGCGGCGCGAGAUCAGCAGGCUUUCGGCUCCUUUGUCCUCAGUUGUAUCUUAUUUUUAUAAAAUCAAAGUGUACCUCUGCGAUGUGAAUGCUUUGCAGACUUGACCGUGGCGCGCUGGUCUCCGGGGGGGGGGAUUUUGCUUUCCCUCCAACCAGCGAGAGAAAGAAUAUUUUCUCCUCAAGCCGCCGCCACAUUGAGGCUGCCCUCCCAGCUGAUCCACACGAUAAGGAGCUCCAUUUGUGUACAAAAAGCCAUUUUUUUCCACACACAAACAUCACAAGAACAUUGAAAAAACUUUUACGACCUCACCCUAACCCCGCCUCUCUUCACUUUGCACCUGUGUAACAGGAAACCCCCCCCCCCACACACACACACUCCCCUUCUUCUUCAUCUUCCUCUUCCUCCUCACGCUGGAGAUGAGGAGAGACACACGUUGAAUAUAUUUGUACAAAUUGUAUGAAAUACAGUACAUUUAAUGAAGACUUUUUAAUUUAGUGAGAAAAAUAAAAAAGGAAACAUGCCCCUGGGCAGCUAACAACGAGAAGGGUACGAGUAGGAGAGACGAGGGAGGAGAGUCCCAGAGGAAAGGAAACAAGGGAGGAGGAGGCGAGGAGACUCUUGAGAAAGGGCAGGCCUCGGUUUUUCGCCUGCGUGAAUUGUGUUGCAUUAAGUUUGCAGAGAGUCUGCGGCUCCGGCUGAAAUGACGUCUCUUCUUUUUUUGUUUUUACUUUUGGAUGUGCUAUAGGUCUCGGGCAAUUGGUUUGUGUUGACACGUGCACGUACAUACACACACACACACGCACGCACGCACGCACACACAAAAUUUGUUCACCUGAAAGACUUUCUUCCUGCCCACAGAUUAUAUGCAUUGUGAAAAAAGUUCCUGUAUUUGUUAUUUGUAUGUAUAAAUCAGAGUACCAAAAAUACGAAAUAAACAAAGAUGUAGAAUUAUUUCUUUAUGUUAUGCAGACUGAAUGGUUGUAAAAAUUUAAUAAUAAUCACUAGUGUAAAAUAUGACUGCUUUUUUGUUUCGUAAUUUUUUUUCCUCUUUGAAAAUAAUAAACUAGUUUAAUCUCUGUUGACAUGUUAGCACUGUGGUCGAGAGCCGUCUUUUCUGUCUCCUGCUGCACCCCGUGUGAUCUUUGACACCUUGCCCUGCCCACCACAACCACAACCAGCAACACCCCGCCUGAUGCAGUAUAUCAUUCGUUUUUUUACCCAGCAUUCACAGGAACAGCUCGUACGGUCAGCUGAGCACAAACAGGAAGAGCAGAAAUAAACAGAGCCAAUGGAGGAACAAAUCAAAUGGCAGGGUCAGAGAGGCCAGGCACCGCGGGCUGAAGGGGCUUUUGUCUCAUCCUACCGACACAUAAACACACACCGACCGUCACACAGCGUACACACACACAUCAAACACCUAGCAUUCAUCUAGUGAGGACGACUCAUCAGGAAACAGCAUCAUUUCUGUAAUGAACUCGCUCAACGAGCUUCUUCUACACUUUCAUCAAUGAGAUACAGACACCUGGUCAAAUACAAUUUAUUAAGCAAAAAUAUAUAUACGUCUCAUCCUUAAAAUGAACAAAAAACUAGAACAAUUCUGUGAAUUAAUGAACAUAUCACUGAAUGCAUCACGUCUACUGCUGAGAAAUGAUUCAGCUGGCAAAAUAAGAGGAACUCCGUUGGUUUCGACCACUGAAUCAACCACAAAGUGUCUGGAGCUUCCUCCACCUUUAACUUCUAUGUAGACAGUCUUUUUGUCGGGCAACCUGGAAGUUAUCAGCUCUGCUCAGGAUUCCCAAAGCCCACGGAACUCAAUACAGUUCUGGGUUUUGAGACCGCAAACAAAAACUGAGCACAAUGCAGCACCGUCCACAUGUGACAUGUAGCAGAGAAUACACUGCUAUCACUGUGAGAGAGGAAACCAUACUGCCAUACAGGGCAAUGCAGUUCAAAGGGCUUUACAUGUGACUGCUGUAAUAUAAUAUAAUAGAAAGAUUAACAGUAAAACAACAGGUUAAACAAAUAUUAGUCACAAAAAUAAUACCAACAUGGGUCCUGGGCUUCUAAAGACUCAAAUAAAUUAGAAAAGCUCGUAAAACAAACACGGCGUAAUGCAUAAAAGGUUAAAAAGAUAAAAAGAUAGAACUUGUUUCCAUAGUGGACCUCAACAACAAAGACGGCUGCUGUGCCUCUGCUGUGUUACCAGAUUUAAAUAAAAGAUCCACAACAAAUCAGAAGUGAGCGCCGGUGAUUGUAGUGUGACCGUGAGACUUCUGUAAAUCGUUUCUUUUCAGCAGGUUUGUACCUGUGAAAGCCCGCUGAACAUCCCAAACAAAGACAUUCAGCCUUUUAUCCUAAUGCUGGUGCACACUCCGGGGAUUCAUAACAUCCAGAUAAACUUCCCUGACGGGCUGCGGGAGUAAAUACCGAGGCGCUUAUAUCAAGAAGAAGGAAAAUACCCGCUGCGUUGUCGUAUCAUUGGUUUGAUUGAGGCACAAGUUCAUCAGAU